GUGAAUGAGGGGCGUCUGGAAACAGGCGCCACACAUUACAGUGGGAGCGCUGUGCUGGAGCUCAAACCAUCCAGAGAGAGAAAGAGAGAGGCUGAGGACUGCAGAAAGACGAGGAGCAGGACCAGAUAACACUGCUGAGAAAACACCGCGAGCCUGGACGAGCUGAAACACCGCGUUUGAGGUCGAUAUCUGCCUGCAAAUUACUGGAGGACCCCUGUGACCAGCGAGGUUCAUGGAAAAGUUGGGGUCGAGCUGCUGGGUUUGCUAGUCUGUGGAAUAGCGAGCCUGGCUUUGAAAUCAGACCCUGGCGGACUUGUGCGCUUAAAGCGGGGGCUUUCUGAAUUCGACGGAGACCUAGCUAAGUUUAUUAAGAGAGAGGAAGAGUGGAAAUCGUCGUCGACUUUUAAAGGACUAUAAAACACUGCCUGCUUUUUUGUCGAAGCUUUUGGCUUUUUCGGACUGCAUAGAGGAAACCUGCUUGAACUUUGAGGGUUUUUUUUCUUGGAAAACACGAGUGACCUUUGUUUUCUUUUCUUCCUCAUUUUCCAUCAAAAAUCAUUUUGGCUGAAUGAACACAAAACUUAAGACAUUUUAAAGAGGCUGCUGUGAACUUUGAGAGUUUUUUUGCAUUGGAAAACACAAAUGAGUUGUUGAGGUGUAAAGCCACACAGUAUAUAUUUAGUUUUCCUCCUCUGUUUGGUUUGUUUUGAACAUAUUUCUCUUCAAAAAUCAUUUUUGUCGGAACAAAAGUAAAGUUUAAGCCUUUUUAACACCCCAGCCAAGCCUACCCGCGGCUCCCUUCACAAUGCCGGCCCCUAUAAAUCGGACUCUCCGCUGCCUGCUGCUGGUUCUCCUCGCGUCGUGCCUGCUGAGCUCCCAGCCGAGCGGCGCUCAGUACCACGGCGAGAAGGGCAUCUCGGUGCCGGAGCACGGCUUCUGCCAGCCCAUCUCCAUCCCCCUGUGCACGGACAUCGCCUACAACCAGACCAUCAUGCCCAACCUGCUGGGCCACACGAACCAGGAGGACGCCGGACUGGAGGUGCACCAGUUCUACCCGCUGGUGAAGGUGCAGUGCUCGGCGGACCUCAAGUUCUUCCUGUGCUCCAUGUACGCGCCUGUAUGCACGGUGCUGGAGCAGGCCAUCCCCCCGUGCCGCUCGCUGUGUGAGCGGGCACGCCACGGCUGCGAGGCGCUCAUGAACAAGUUCGGCUUCCAGUGGCCGGAGCGCCUGCGCUGCGAGAACUUCCCCGUGCACGGAGCCGGAGAGAUCUGCGUGGGCCAGAACACAUCCGAGGCAGCCGGCGGCGGAGCCGGGGCGACGUCCGAGCCGACGGGCUACGGGCGAGAGCCGCUCACGCUGCCCCCUGGUGCCGGUGGCGCUGGUGGUAUAGGCUCUGGGGGCAAGUCAAGCCCUCAUUUCACGUGCCCCCUACAGCUGAGGGUGCCCAGCUACCUGAACUACCACUUCAUGGGUGAGAAGGACUGCGGAGCCCCCUGCGAGCCCACCAAGCCCAACGGUCUGAUGUACUUCAGGGAGGAGGAGGUGAAGUUUGGCCGCCUCUGGGUGGGAAUCUGGUCGGUGCUGUGCUGCGCCAGCACCCUCUUCACCGUGCUGACCUACUUGGUGGACAUGCGGCGGUUCCGCUACCCCGAGCGGCCCAUCAUCUUUCUCUCGGGCUGCUACUUCAUGGUAGCUGUGGCGUACGCGGCCGGCUUCUUCCUGGAGGACCGUGUAGUCUGCAUCGACCGCUUCAGCGACGACGGCUACCGCACGGUGGCGCAGGGCACUAAGAAGGAGGGCUGCACCAUCCUCUUCAUGAUCCUCUACUUCUUUGGCAUGGCCAGCUCCAUCUGGUGGGUCGUUCUGUCCCUCACGUGGUUCCUCUCGGCUGGCAUGAAGUGGGGCCACGAGGCCAUUGAGGCCAACGCGCAGUACUUCCACCUGGCCGCCUGGGCCGUGCCCGCCGUCAAGACCAUCACCAUCCUCGCGCUUGGCCAGGUGGACGGCGACGUUCUGGCGGGCGUGUGCUACGUGGGUGUGCACAGCGUGGACGCGCUGCGCGGCUUCGUGCUCGCCCCUCUCUUCGUAUACCUCUUCCUGGGCACGUCGUUCCUGUUGGCGGGAUUCGUCUCGCUCUUCCGCAUCCGCACCAUCAUGAAGCACGAUGGCACCAAGACGGAGAAGCUGGAGAAGCUCAUGGUGCGCAUCGGCGUCUUCAGCGUGCUCUACACGGUGCCCGCCACGGUGGUCAUCGCCUGCUACUUCUACGAGCAGGCGUUCCGCCCGCAGUGGGAGCGCACGUGGCACAUGCACACGUGCAAGCGCUUCGCCGUGCCCUGUCCGGCCGGGGACUUUGCGCCGGUCACGCCAGACUUCACCGUCUUCAUGAUCAAGUACCUGAUGACCAUGAUCGUGGGCAUCACAUCGGGCUUCUGGAUUUGGUCCGGCAAGACGCUUCAGUCUUGGCGCAGGUUUUACAAGAGGCUCAGUAACAGUAACCAAGGCGAGACGACAGUAUGAGAUGGACAAAUACGUAGAAAAGGAUGAGGACAGUGAUCCGAGAGCCACAUCCAGUAGUAAAUCCCACUUUGCACUGGACAGGUUCAUGUUUUCUUGCUCUAGCUGGCCCACAUCACACAUCCUUGUUGCUGUUUUAAGUCCGAAUGGAGCUAACCUCUGGCCUUCUAGAGCUAGCUAGCUCCAAGGCUACAAGCCAGUCCACAGGGAACAAAAUUAUGGACAUCUAGGGCUCCCUGAGGACUGGGUUGAACGCUACGGCCCUAAAUCAUCUAAUUCAUCAGCUAAUAGUUGAGGAGGAAAACAUAUACACUUGGGAACCAUUUAUAGUUUCCUAUUGUCACAAGCAUAAUAACUUUUAAGUCCUUUUUGAGCCAUUUCAGCUGUGAUAGAGCAAGAAAACAGAAUUCUGCAGUGCAGAUGGACUACAGGUUCAGAGCUGAAAUAACAGGGCUAGACUCACAGUUUUUCUGAGAUGCAUUCUCCUUAAAAGCCUGAGCAAGGAACUGAACUCCUAACGCAAAUACGAGCCAAACUAACACACAUGCAUUCUAUGGACACUGAACAUGUGCCAAGAUGAUCCCAAACCUAUGGACAAGAUAUGACUAUAGCUCUAUGUAACAGUAUAAUUCACAGAUGUGAUCUGUGCAGAUCUGUAGGACGCAUAGGCCUCCACCCGACUGGCACAGUAUGUGUUAUGCUCAUUACUGUUGAAUCACCGCUCCGUCAAUGAAAGUUGAACAUGUUUGCCUUAUAAAUGUAUCUCUUCCUUUUUUGUUGUUUUUAUAUGGGCUUGUAUAACUUUCACAGGCACAGACAAUCCUGCAUAGUUCUGUGGCACAAAUGGGCUUGUGGGCUAUAUGCAUGUGUACAGCUGUGAAAUUAUGCAAGCUCCUUUUUUUCAACUCCACAACAUGUAAAUAAUCACCUUUUCUUAAAGAAUAUAUGUAUUUAUGAAGAUAAUCUUGUUCUUUUUUCUACUUGAUUUUUAAAAAAUGAAAAUUGGUAAGAGGACAUUUGUACAUGUACAGUUUCACUGAAUAAAAUGAUUAGAUUUUUAA